GGAAGCUCUGCCCUCUUCCUGGCUGACUCUGUCGAACAGGUAAAACGCCAUGGACUGCAGCCUGGCUUGACAUUGCCUUGAGGCUCUGUGAUUCAGAGCCUUUGGUUUGGUGUGUGUGUGUGUGUGUGUGUGGUGGUGGGAGUUUAGCUUUUGUUGUCUAAGCUUUUACCCUGGCAGGUUAUAAAUAGACCUGUUCAGACGCUGUGUCAAGGAAGGACACAUUGGCAAGUUCUAGAGGGGGGGGGGAGAGAUAGAGAGAGAGAGAGUGGCAGUGUUUAGCCUUUUCCCAAGCAGACUGCUGCCACCACCACAAUGAAUGCUAGGAGGAGGCCUAGCUGCUACCGAUUCUUGUAGGCUGUUAUAGAUCAGGUCUGGAUUUUAUUCUAUUAUUCCUACAACAUCAACAAAGAGAGAGAAAUCUAGCUGGAGGCAGCAUCAGUGAGACUACAAAGAGAAGGAAAGAAAGGCCUCUUUUACUGAGACUUGUGAGAGAGAAAAAGAUUGGAGUGAAAAUGAAGCCGGACAGAGAUACUUUAGAUGAAUACUUUGAAUAUGAAGCUGAGGAGUUCCUCAUCAACUUGGCCUUGCUGAUUACUGAAGGCAGAACACCAGAAUAUUCUGUAAAGGGUAGGACUGAAGGCUUCCACUGCCCACCAGCGCAAUCAAGUCAGCCAGUAACAACUAAGCAUGAAUGCAGUGACAAAUUGGCCCAGUGCCGUCAAGCUAGACGCACUAGGUCUGAGGUUACGUCGCUAUGGAAGAAUAAUAUUCCUAUCAUGAUCGAAGUGAUGCUACUUCCAGACUGUUGCUAUAGUGAUGAAGGACCCACCACAGAAGGAAAUGAUUUAAACGAUCCUGCAAUCAAGCAAGACGCACUGUUACUCGAAAGGUGGAUUUUGGAGCCAGUUCCACGACAAAGUGGUGAUCGAUUUAUUGAAGAGAAGACCCUCUUAUUGGCUGUCCGCUCUUUUGUGUUCUUUUCUCAGUUAAGUGCUUGGCUGAGUGUUUCACAUGGAGCAGUCCCUCGUAAUAUUCUCUACAGAGUAAGUGCUGCACAUGUGGAUCUGCAGUGGACGUUUUCCCAGACCCCAACUGAGCAUUUUUUCCCUGUUCCUAAUGUUUCUCACAAUGUGGCCUUGAAAGUCAGUGUCCAGUCUUUGCCUAGACAAUCUACCUAUCCAGUCCUGACCUGCAGUAUUCACACCAACCUUGGCUUUUAUGAAAAGAGAAUAGAAGAACAUCAUGUACAUCAGCACUGUGACUCCAUCAAGGCAGAGCAAUGCAAUGUGCCCACCUCGCACCGUGCUUGUGGCAAGCCGAUGUGGACUGAAGGAGUGCUCGGUGUUAAAAAGGGCCCUGAGUUUACUACAGCUGUCAAAAACCUGAAACUUUAUCCAACAUCUGGACUUGGGUCUGACUUUGGGGCCUCAGAUUCUAAAGUUCAGUGCUAUACAGCUGCUGUUGACAGUAAGAAGCUACCCCAAGAAACAUCAGAGAGAGCAUUAAAAUCUUUUUGCUUAGCUGACUCCCACCUACAUAAUGGCUACUCUUCCCGCCAGUCGUUAGGAGAGUCUAUUCCUUUGAUAGGCUCUUUACUCCAAGAGCGGCAUGAAGUUAUAGCAAGGAUCGCCCAACAUCUGAUUCACUGUGAUCCAGCAACAUCACCUGUCAUGGGGCGGCCAUUCAACACAAAUGAAACGGGUUUGGUAAACUCAAAAGUUAUGCGCAGUGCAUGUGAAGAGGAAAGCUUGCCGAGGAAAGGAAGGGAAUUGUCCUCUACUUCUACUGCUAACUCAGAACUUGCAUCAUCAGAAAACAGCAGCGUUGGAAAAGCACGAAUAAUAUCAGAAACGCCAUUGCUUGAUUCCUAUGCCCCAGUGAACCAGUGCUCCCGCCAAACUAUAGAGGAAACUAACCCUCUUAUAAGCUCUUUACUUCUGGAGCGGCAGGAGGUGAUAGCAAGGAUUGCCCAGCACCUGAUCCACUGUGAUCCACCUUUGCCACAUGUUACUCACCCUGUGUUUAAUGUUCAUGAAAUUAGUUCAGUUAAUCCAAAGGCUUUUCACAGUUCUUGUGAAGAGGACAACCUACUGAAGAAAGGCAGAGAACUCUCUUCAGAUCUCUUCUCUAAUUCAAGACUGACUUUAUCGGAAGACAACCAAAAAACAAAAGGGAAAACACCAGCAACCCCUUUGAGUUCAUUUAAAUAUGAUGCUGAAUUGAAGGUAUCUCCAAGCUCCCAAGUGAGAAGAAAACUGCUUCUAGCAGAGCCCAAUGAAGUAGUCCAAAACACAUUUCAGCAGCCUCCCACCAGUAGAAAUCAAAGUCCACUAACUUGCCUGAACCAAUCAUGUAGCAAAGAAGAUUAUAAAUCAGAAUUGGCAGAUAAAUUGGAAUUUAUAAUUUCUGGUUGUUCCCAUAAGCCUCAAGUGGCAAAGAAAGGUAUUGCCAAGCAGUAUUCACAUUUCAGCGAUGAAGUGAUCUGUACAGAUAAACCCAAGGACAGAACAAUCACUGGUGGAAACAGCAAACCAGACUGUUUAAGCAAUCCACAGUCAGAUCAGUCCCAAAUACUUGAAAAUAUGAAAGUGACUGUAACUCAGGCAUCUGACAGUUGGCACAAAAAUGAAUUUAAGCACUUAAGUAGAGACUCUAAGCAACCAAAUAUUUGUGAACAAAACUCCCAACUUACUAGUAUUGAAAACUAUUUACAUAAAGACCACGAAAGUUUCAAAAGCAAAAAUAAGCAAGAUAAAGUGAAAAACGUAAAUGACGAGAAUGAAGACCCAACAGACUAUGAAGUACAGAAACGUUGUCAGAAAAAGCCUGUAGAAGACUGCUUGGUGGCUUUGUUUGAACAAAAGAAAAAUACAGAGAUGCUGAGAACACCACUCAAACACGUGUGGCGCAAAACCAAUUUUCACCAUUUGGAUGGGACGUCUACUAAGGCUUUCCAUCCUCGAACUGGAUUGCCCCUACUUUCAAGUCCUGUUCCUGAAAGGAAAACACGAUCAGGAUGUUUUGAUCUAGAUGCAUCAUUAUUGCAUCUGAAAUGUUUGUCCUCCAAAAGUCCACGACAGUGUAUAAGCAAAGAGAAUUACCCAGAUAUCCACGAGAAACCAUUUCUGAGUUCCAGUGCACCACCUGUAACUAGUCUUAGCCUUCUUGGCAACUUUGAGGAGUCUGUACUGAACUAUCGUUUAGAUCCCCUGGGCAUUGUAGAUGGCUUCACAGCUGAAGUGGGAGCAAGCGGAGUCUUCUGUCCAACACACAUGACUCUUCCAGUUGAAGUUUCAUUCUACAGCGUUUCUGAUGACAACGCCCCCUCUCCCUAUAUGGGUGUAAUUGCUUUAGAGUCUCUUGGAAAAAGGGGUUAUCGGGUACCUCCUUCAGGAACAAUACAAGUGACCUUAUUUAAUCCUAACAAGACUGUGGUGAAGAUGUUUGUAGUGAUAUAUGACUUACGAGAGAUGCCAGCCAAUCAUCAAACAUUCCUACGGCAAAGAACCUUUUCUGUCCCUGUAAGGCGAGAAACAAAGAGAAGUAUCAAUAAAGAAAAUAUUCGACAUACUGAAGAAAGACUACUACGCUACCUCAUUCAUCUGAGGUUCCAGAGUUCCAAGUCUGGAAAGAUCUACCUCUAUAGAGAUGUAAGGCUCCUGUUUUCUCGAAAAUCCAUGGAAGUUGACAGUGGCGCUGCAUACGAACUGAAAUCUUACAUUGAAUCUCCAACAAACCCUCAGUUUUCACCCCGAUGUUAGCAUGACACAGCAAUGAAAAGUAUUCGCUCAGUUACCAGACUGCUAUUUAAGACGAACAAUUGGCAUAAAAUAUAUUAUGUAAAAGGUAAAUAGUGGAGAAAGUGAGAUGGUGCCCAGGUGGAAGUCGAAGCUUUUAUAGGGUCUUGGACCAGUUCUUAAAAAGGCUUCAGGAAUGAGCUUUGUGUAUUCCAUGUAGACUGGAACAUACUUAGUCCUAAUCUUUUUAUACUGGUUUUAAACCACUUCAUUGGAUGUGUUGCAAUAGCAGAUUCCAAAUUAGUUUAGUGUUUACACCUUAUUUUAUUUUUUUUGGUUAUUUAAUAUUUAAUAUUUCUUUUACUUAAGUGAUGUUCAUCUUUACUGUUCUAAUGUAGCACAAAUCCUCUGUAAAAUCAUACUGCGUAUUUUUGACAUUAAUAUUGAAAUCUGAAAUAUAUACAGAAGUCUUUACUUUGCUGUGUGAUGUGUUUUUAAGUGAUACUUAAGCUGCUUAAAAUAAGGAUGGGAUUUUGAACGUCCGUUGCAUUGUCAUACUAUGCAAGCAUGUAGGGGCAAGAUGAGUUGUGUAUUUUUUUCCCUAUAUAGCUCAUUUCUUCCCCCAUAUAGGUCCCAUAACACAUGAAACCAUACUGCAAAUUAUUUGACUACUCAUUCAGAUCAUUGACCCAACUCAUAAUUAGUAUCAUUUUCCGCCCUUAAAGGACCUCUUCUCAAAGCAUUUCACUUUGUCCUAAUCCGUAUCAAAAUUUUACAUAACACUACCGUCCCAUACCUGACUUUCUCAGACUGUGUUUUUAAAAAAAGAUGUACUGUGAAAACAAAGUAGUAUUUAUAUCUUAAAUAUAUGUGAAAACCACAA